UAUUUCUAAUUCUCUUGGGAAAACAUUCAAGACGAAGCAAGGUUCCAAAUGUGAGUGUUUAGUAUUAGCUUAUAUUAAACCCAGUACUUGGACAAUAGAAGCCCAAAGGAAGGCGGCACGGUGCCAUCUGUAAAUACAGGUGAAAUUGUGCCAGAGACAAUCAUGCAUUCUUCUUGGUCUUGGCUGCCUCAGGAUAUCUCUCAGAUUUUUCACAUCACAGUUAUUUUGAGCCUUACCUAUGUGGUUAUGAAAGCCAUUCAGCUGUAUUGGAGGAAGCAGUACCUGGCCAAAGUUCUCAGCUGUUUUCCAGGACCUCCCAUCCAUUGGUUGUAUGGCCAUAUCAAAAUGAUGAAACCAGAGGAAGAGUUCCAGACUGCAGCAGCAAUGAUGAAAAAAUACCCCUACGGUCAUCCACUAUGGUAUGGAAGAUUCUUGGUUUUCUUGAACAUCUACCAUCCUGAAUAUGCAAAGGCGCUAUUUAACAGAGGCGAUCCAAAAUCUCUUAUAACAUACAACUUCCUAAUUCCAUGGAUCGGAAAGGGGUUACUGAUCCUAAAUGGGCCAAAGUGGCAGCAGCACCGAAAGCUUCUGACUCCCGGAUUCCAUUACAAUAUUCUGAAGCCUUAUGUGGCUCUCAUGGCAGAAUCAGUCAAAGAGAUGCUGGAUGUAUUGGAAAAGCUGGUCCCAAGAGACACCACGAUGUCAGUGGAGAUGUUCAAAUAUGUCUCUUUGAUGACUCUUGAUACUAUCAUGAAAUGUGCCUUCAGCUACCACAGCAAUUGUCAGACAAACAGGAAUAAUUCCUACAUUAAUACAGUCUUUGACCUCAGCCUCAUGUUUAACCAUAGACUGAAGACACCUUGGUACCACAAUGAUCUGAUUUACUGGUUCAGCUCCCAAGGACAUCAGUUCCGUAAGGCUUGCAAACUAGCUCACCUUCACACAGAUAAUGUAAUAAGACAGAGGAAGGAGUCUCUCAAGGAUGACAAAGAACUUGAAAAGAUCUUAAAGAAGAGGCAUUUAGAUUUUUUGGAUAUUCUUCUUUGUGCGAAGGAUGAAAACGGAAAUCCAUUAUCAGAUGAAGAUGUACGUGCUGAGGUGGACACGUUCAUGUUUGAAGGUCACGAUACGACGGCUAGUGGACUCUCUUGGCUCCUGUAUUGUAUGGCCCAGAACCCUGAACAUCAACAGAAAUGCAGAGAGGAGAUAAAGGAACUUCUUGCGGAUCAGGAGCUUAUUCAAUGUGAUGACCUGGCUAAGAUGACAUACACUACUAUGUGUAUUAAAGAGAGUUUUCGGCUUUACCCUCCAGUACCAAUGAUAGGACGAGAGCUGAAUUCACCAGUUACAUUUGCUGAUGGACGAAGCUUACCAAAAGGUUUUCUACUUAUGCUGAAUGUUUAUUGUCUUCACAGAAAUCCUGAGGUUUGGGACAAUCCUGAGGUCUUUGAUCCUCUCAGAUUCUCCCCAGAAAAUUCAAGUCAUCGGCACCCAUAUGCUUUUCUUCCUUUUGCUGCUGGGCAAAGGAACUGCAUUGGACAGCAGUUUGCCAUGAACGAGAUGAAAGUCGCUCUUGCCUUGACGCUUCUGCGCUUUGAACUUUUGCCUGAUCCUUCCAAACUCCCUAUUCCUGUGCCACAGAUUGUCACCCGAUCCAUGAAUGGGAUAUAUCUGAAGUUGAAGACUGCCUGCUAAUGUUUUAUAUUACCCCAGUGGUGAUACUUUCCUGCCAAUAAUUAAUUCAUGCCAAUAGAUAUUGAUAUUAAUACUAUCCAGUGUACAUCUUCCUUUUUAAUGGAAUAGUUCAUAUUGUGAUAAUCAUGGGAUGAUAUUUUUUUUUUGUCAUUCAAGGUUUUUGCAUUAAAGGUGGAUAGUCUUUG